UUUGAAUGGAUAUAUGUGUGUGCGUUUGCAAGAAUAGAGUAAGAAGUGCAUCUUCCCGGACCUCUGAGACAAAAAUAAAGCAUUUUAACAUGCUAGGUUACCAACUAAGGCCAAAAAGUGAGAUUUCGCAUAAGAGUAUUGUGAUGGUUUUGGUGAAAAUAUUUAUUUUGACAUUAAUAUUGGUGCAUGGAGUAUCUUCAGAGAAAUGCCACACAACGUUUGACAAAUGUGAUAAGUUGUGUAUCCAGGUGAACAUGGGAAGAUUCGGAAGUAUGGAUGAUUGCUGGGAAUUAAUAGGCACUUGUGCUGAUUAUUGCAAUUGUAUGCUCGGAACUAAUUGCCCUAAUACGGGGUCAUGUGUUAAUACGGAAUUAAUAAGCAUGGAUUAAUACAAAUAUGAUGUGAAGCCUACUUUGUGAAAAAAGUAUGGGUUUGACACGAAUAUUA